AUGUAUCUCCACACAAACAAAACAACAAUGAGUGUGCCAAACACACACGACCAGCCUCUACCAGCACCGCCGUCGCCCACUCUCACAAACCCGGACAUGGUGCUGCCGAACACGUUCGUGGUGGACGUGGUGGACGAAGCACGGCACGAGGCAGAAGUUCCGCCGUCACCGUCGUACCUGCAGGCGCAAACGACCAAGACGCUGGGGAACAAGAGGAAGUCGCGACCGAGUCUCCGAGCACCUUCGCAAUCGCCGCUGCAAACCUUUGGUUCGUCGCCAACCCUCAAUGUCGACAACCAGUCAUGGGACGACCGACGAUUGAGUUAUGCUGCCAGCAGCAUCCUCACCGAGGACCUUGAAAACAUGCAAAUUCCCCGAUUCGAGUCGAGCUUGGAUUCGGACACCGAGACGCUGGACGAGGACGACUUUGACAUUGACACACCCAGCGAAUUGUCCUACGGCGACGUCUUGAAGACGGAGCAGUCGAAUGUCACGCUCAUGCGCGCUGAGCUCAUUCUCGCCAAUGCAAAGAAGCGCCUCAAUGCCAUGGACCAGAACCUACGAGGAGCCCGCGAAAUCGUCACUCCUCUGACAGCAGCCAAUCUCAAGCGAGCCACCUCUCUCACCACCGGCCCCGUACGCAACACUUCCUUCUCCCGCCCUCGCUACCUUCCGCACAACCCUCACACCUCCAAUGCCCAGCACAUGCGUGUGCUCAGCGACUCCGACGUCCAACAACCCGAAGAACGCCGCUACAUGUCGCUAAAUAUCAACUCGACUCCUUCAUGGACCAACAACCCAGUCCGCGCAUCCCGCAGCUCCGAAGUGCUACGCUACCCUCGCAGUCCGUUGAGCCCUGAUCCGCAGCUUGACACGGUAUCCGAAGAGCAGAGCGUACGAAGUCAGACAUCGGCACAUAACUUGCGCGAGCAGAUGAUGCAAUUGAGAGGCAGGAUUUCCACACUGAAAGAGAGGGCACAAGAGGAGAAUAUGAGGAGAAGGAGUACGCAGAAUCUGCGAGAGACCUGUCCUCUGAACGAUGCCGAAACCUCUCCUGACGCUACAGGCUCGCCCAGACCAAGACUCGCCCGCGUUACAAAAGCAAGCAACGUACCAGGUGCCUGGGUGUCUGCCGAGACCAUCGACGACAAUGAUGACCAUGACUUUGACGCAGAAGAAGAGUUGGAAGAAGAGGAAGAAGACGACGAUAACUACACAAUCCCGCACUCGGACUCAGGCAGUACAGAUCGCACCUCUACGCCAACCACAACAACAACCGACCACUCCAAUCCCAUGAGUCUCUAUGAGGACGCCCCUGAAUCGUCUCNNCCCCUCGUGUCAGGCCCCCGCCACGAAGACCGCGAUGAUGCCUUUGACUACUCCAAAUUCUUCUUGCAUUCUGCGACGGGCAGUUUCGAGCCCAACACGCCUACUCGCCACGCUCGCAGCACUUCUUUAAGCUCUUCCGACUCCUGUUUGACCGCUCGCGCAUACCCUGUCCAUCAAGAUCAGCCUACCUCCGGUGCCGACGACAACGAAGAGAUACAAGCUCCGCCAACUCCUGAGACACCAGAAGCGCUACGCCAUAUCGAAGAAGUUACACUUCCCUCUCGCAUGCAGCACCGACGAGGUCUUUCAGCAGAAUCCCUAGCUACAAUUGCUACUUUCGAGACUGCCGACGAAGGUCAUCAAGCCUCUAUCGCUCAAUGGCUCUCUCGCUCCACUUCUGCCGGUUCCCUUCACAACAACGAUCUGCCAAAACCACCAAGUCGAAGCCAUCCAUCUAUUCAAGCAGCACUACCAAGCCCUUCUUUGCCGCCCACCUAUACUCCUGCUUCUGCACAGCAAGGCCAACAAUACAUCUCCAUCUCUCCUUCUGCUACUACAAUGGCUGUUGCUGCUCUGCUCGAUCCUGCAAAGGGUCAAAGCUUGGGUAGCAAAGAUGAAGCUCUGGUCUACACCUUGGUCGAAAGCUUGCGAGAAGUGGUUGGAGAACUACAGCUCGGUGCUGGAGGCGAGGAGAGCAGAAGGUGGUUGAGAAGACGCCUUGACGAGGCACGGAGAGUUCUCGAAGGAGAAGAUCUUGAGAGAUGA